AUGCCCUUGGCCUUCUCGGCCACCUGGGCACGCUGCCGGCUCACAUCAAACGUGUAUCAAACGGAGAGGUUUUCACUUCCUCGCGAGCUAGGUGCUGCAAUUAAGUCAGCUGAAAGAGCGACGCCUUUUCGCUACGCGUCUUUGCAGGUGGGAUUUCAGAAGAUCCUGACUCUAACCUACGUCGACAAGCUGAUAGACGACGUUCACAAGGAGUUCAGGGACAAGUAUCGCAACGAGUUCCAGCAGAAAGGCGCCCUGGGCCUCCUAAACGGCACCUUUGAUUUUAAAGAUGACUUCAUGCGCCUCCUCCGGGAUGCAGAGGAGAGCAGUAAAGUCCGAGCUCCCACGGUAAUGAAGACGUUUGAGCAGUCUCUCAAGUCCCAGAAGACUGUCAAGUGUAUGAUAGAAACCCGAGGGGAGAAACCAAAGGAGAAAGUCAAGAACAAGAAGAACAAAGGUUCCAAAAAAGAGGGAACCGAAGCCGUCGCGGCGCCCGGGAAGGCGUCCGCGGGCGACAAGCAGCCCUCUGCAGCCGGGGACAGGGAGGAACUGACCAAGGAUGAAAUCCUGCAGAAGAACCGGGAGGAAUUCUUCAAGAGGCACAUGAAAGCGGGGGAGAAGGCCAGCAAAUCUCCAAAGCCCGAGGCACAGAAGGAGAAGGGGAAGAAGCCCCGAGUGUGGGAUCUGGGGAACUCUAAUGCCAAAGUACUCGAUUACAGUAACUCGGCUACCAACGGGAGCGCGGAGGCUUGUCCCGCGGAGGAAUUCGACCCCGAUACGGUAAGGAAAAGUCAGGUCACCGUGUCUGCUUUAGCGCGUCGUUCGGGGAUCGGCCGGUCUGAUGGGGACCCUGCACACCGACUCCCUCCUUCCCUUGACGCUGAUGUGUGUAGCCACCCCGGCAGCGCUAACUCCCCUCUCCCCGUCUCUUUCCCCGAAGCAAAAAACGUGGCAGCUGAGAUCGCGGUGCAGCUCUGUGAAUCGGUGGCCAAGAAGCUGGAAGGGAAGGUGAUGGGAACGUUCACCACGGUGACCUCGACGGUGAAGCAGGCCCUGCAGGAGGCUCUCGUGCAGAUCCUGCAGCCCCAGCGCCGCGUGGACGUCCUCCGCGAUGUCAUGGACGCCCAGCGCCAUCGCCGACCCUACGUGGUCACUUUCUGUGGCGUCAACGGUGUCGGGAAG